AUGGCGGACAUUAAUGAAAGUGAAGCGAUUGCGAAAGUUCUGAAGUUAUUUGAGAUUGAUCGUCUGAAACCCGAACAGAAAAAGAUACUCGAAGCAUUAUUAGAGAAGAAAGACUGUAUGGCGGUGUUGCCUACUGGAUAUGGGAAGUCGUUGCCUUUCCAGAUGCUUGUCUCCUUGAAACGCGAGAUGGGAGACCGAGACAGCAAAAUCAUCGUUUGUUCACCCUUGGUAGCGUUGAUGCGUGAUCAGUGUGAGCGGUUGAAGAAUAUUCCGGGAAUCAAGGCAGAAUAUAAAUGCAGAAGUGCAGAGGGAGAUCUUAACAUAGAAAAAGGACAAUUUGACUACCUGUAUGCCUCGCCAGAAGCCCUUGUUGGGGACAAGAACUGGAGUUACAAAUUGAAGGAAUUUUCUGUGUCAACAAUUGUAGUUGAUGAAUUCCACACUAUUUCAACCUGGGGUGAAAACAAGGAAGAAGACAAAAAGGCAUUUCGGAAAUGGUUUUCGUACAUUGGUGAAGUUAGAUCUUUGUUUCCGGAUGCAUCAAUGUUGGCUCCGAGUGCUACUUGCACCAAGAAAAUUUCUAGGCGAGUGUCCAAAGUGCUACAGAUGGAUGAUGACUUGGUUGAAAUUAGAAUUUCUCCAAACAAGCCGAACAUUAAGUUGGUAGUAAGAAAAAUACCAAAUACAGUAGAGAUGUCUAUGGUUUGGAUGAUAGAUGCCCUUUGUGAGGAAACCUUUCCCAGAACAAUCGUUUAUUGUUCUACUAUUAAAGCAACAGCUAACAUUUAUAGCUAUAUUGUCACUGAAAAACCUGAAGCUGUCAGCUCAGUGGAAAUGUUUCAUUCUGAAACGCCCGACGACAAAAAGCAAAAAGUUCUGGAGUCUUUAAAAAAUCCUGGCAGUAGUUUGAAACUUUUAGUGGCAACAAGUGCUCUUGGUAUGGGUGUUGAUUUUGUAAAUGUUUACAAUGUGAUUGUAUACGGUGCACCAAAGAGCUUAGUAGAUCUCAUACAGGAGAAAGGCCGUGUUGGACGUGAUGGUAAGGAUUCUGUGGCCCUUUUGUUGGUCAAUUCUUACCACUUGCGAGAUGUCAACACCGAGGUGAAGGACAUGUUCAAAACCGAAGAGUGCCGUCGAGUUGCAAUGCUGACACCUUUUCUGACAGAGUUGGAGCUAACAGAAAUCAGAAAGCAAAAGGGACUUCAUUCUUGUUGUGAUUUGUGUGCAGUUAGUUGUUCAUGUAGUGCAUGCACAUCUUCCUUCAUUGAGAAACUUAUUUAUUUCAUCAGUGCUGAUGAUGCUGAUGACAAGUCUUCAGAUGAAGACACAGAAUCAUCAUAUACAUAUGAUCCAUUUGACUACGAAGAUGAUUUAGAUCUGUCUUUAGUCCCUGAUCUGGAUUUAAAUGUGGAGUGA